AUGAGCGUGACCUGUUCUGCCAUGCGGGCCAGCCUCCGCCAGGUCUCUGCCAUGCAGGCAGGCUUGACUGCCAUGCGCAACUAUUCGGUUCGCCUCCAGCGGCAAUUGUCCAAAACCCAACUGGCUCUGGAUCGGUCGAAUCGUCAACUCGCAGCCUGUCGAUGGAGCAAGUCUGUAGAGUUGAGAGAUUGUGAAGUUGGGCCGGAUGGCAUCUACGAUUCGGAUGGAAGUGGAUGCAGCAAAAUGAGCAUCGGAAGUCGUUUUGGACAAAAAGAAGCCUGGCAGCCGGACGAUGCAUUGUUGACAGUCACUGAGAGAGAAAAUCCAACUGAUGAUAGUGCACAGAUCUCGACACACGCUGUCACACUGGCUCGAGAGCUGGCUGAAGUGUCCGGUUCUCUUUUUUCCAGUGCACCACGGACAGAUGACGGGUUGCCAGAGGCGACUGGCGCCAGUCUCUUUGCUCAGGCCGACGAAGAGACCGGAACUGGGUCCCGCCUGACCGCAGUCUCCUCCCUGCUUGCCGGACAUGGCCAACAUGGACACCUGGAAGUGGAGAACCGUCGGCUGGUGCAAAUGGUGAAAGAGCUGCGCGCCCGGCUGGCUCGAAUAGAUCCGACGAGCAAUGCCUUUUUUAACUUUGUCUCUUCGGUGUAA